UGUUUGUCACUUUAGAUUUGUUGGAAAGUAAAGAUUCACCAAAAGGCAGCGAAGCUAUGUCAAUUUCAAUAAAAAUGUUUGAUGGAGCAAAAAAUUUAACGCGUCAUGUAGCGGGCAAAAACAUUCAUGUAGCCGAAGGAUGUGUCUCAAUGACUGGUGCCUCCACAGGUGAUCGGUUCGGUUCAGUUAUAAAAGACAUGAUCACUGAAACAUCUGGCAAAGGAUUAAUCAAUAGGAUGCUAUUUUUGUGUCAAAAACAAUUACCACCAAUUAUGCCACGAGAUGCUGAUAAGCGUCAAAUCGACACUAGCUUGCCAUCAUUUUCACUUUUUUAUAUGAUUGCAGCCGAACUGCGAAACGUUGAAUUUUUGUUUAUCUAUCAGCCAGCAAAAGUCGAAGAUUAUCAAUUUCCACAUGGAACAACACCAGCAAACGAAUGGUUUAAUGAUCAAGUGAAUGAGAAUGAAAAUGCUCACAAUUAUUAUACAAACUUCGCAGGUAAAUUAGUGCUCGACGCGCAAGAACAGGAAAAACAAAAUAUAAUUGAAAAAUCCGAUAUUGAUUUUAUUGCCAAAUUUAUGGAACUCGUACCACGUAUCUGUUCUGUGACGAGAGCGAUCGAUAUCGCCUGUGAAAUUGCUGAAGCUUUGAUCGAUCAAUACAAAUUUGAAGACGCACCUGUCAAUAUUAGAACAAAACGUCAAGUUGUAUUCAUUUCGAUCGCCUCGUGUAAACGUGCAGCUAAUUUAGCCUAUAGUGUUCUUCGACAUACAUUAGCAUUGUACAAUCACUCUCAGAAUCGAAUCGAAACAGUCAAUGCCAUGAUUCUAUCUACUCUUACCGUAGCGCUAAAAGACACUCCAUCAUCGCUAUCAACAGCGGCACAGUCAAAACGUACACUUGAACAAUUCAUUCUCGUUGAUUUUGCACAUAAUUUUUUGAUGCUUGGCUGGUUGGCGAAAUAUCCGGGCACAGAAAAAAAGGCGCCAUUUCAACGUACGUCUGCCGACGAACGACAGUCUUGUUUACAGCAACUAGCGGAUGACGGUCUUCUGAUUUCAAUGAGAGCGAUGCUAAUACAUUCAGGUGGGAAAAAAUCGAACGCCUAUUAUCGCCUAUUCCCAUCCGAUGGACAACUUGAACGCGACAAAUUCAAACAAAAAUUGGCUAAAUAUCACGUGACCAUCAGUGAAUAUUUACAAAAUCACGCUCGUUCCGGGAUCCCAAAGAACUACAAACCAGCUGACGAGAUGCGUCAGUAUUUGAAAGACAAUCAGCAACAUUAUGAACAAUAUUUUGAGGCAUGUGGCUCAGUCGAUGAUGAAACGUCAAAUGACGCGUACGAUCAACGCGACGUCCAUCUGAUACCACCUAAUGAUCUUCAAAAAUUAUUUCAAUUAUUCACAAAUCAAUCGGUAACUAUGCCAACCGAUUUGAAUUCAGUGAUAUUAACCAAUUUACUGCCUAAAAGAAAUCAACAAGUUCAACACGACCAACAUCACGUAUUAAUUUUAAAGUGGCAUCAGCCACAAGAAAAUGAUGAUGCGGAUGUGGAAGGAACAAAUGAUAUAAAUAAUGAAAGCGGAUUAGAAGAAGACGAAGAACAAAUUUGGCCGCCCCAAGACAGGAACGAAAACUGCGGAAAUACAAAUGGCAAUGAAAUUCAACAGUAUCAGGAUGUGUUGAAUGAAAUUGAGGUUUCUUCAAUUAAUGAUCGUACAAAUACAGAUUCGUUGCAAGAGGCUAUGUUAACAGAUAGGCUAAUCAUGUCAGCUGUUUCCUCUGAUCUACGACAAGACAUAAACGACCACGUUCAACUACUUCAUUCGGAAGGUAAUACAGGCCGUACAGUCGAAUACAUGUCUAGCUAACCUGUCGGAAAUGCAGAAGUCGCACAGAAAAAUGUUCAUCCUUGAUUUAUACUUGGUUCGAUAGAGCUCGCGAAGCUAAUCAAGAAUAUCUAGCUUUUAAGUUUCUUCAAUCAAGUUUUGUAGGAGAAAUCUUGAAAACAUAAGAUGCUCCCAAAAAUCGAAUAAA